ACACGUGUGGCAAGGAGGCGGAGCUUCUGAGUACGAGACUAGACGAGGUCGACUCGGGACGCAUCUUGGGGUCGAAGCUGUGAGAAAAGAUGAGCGCUGCCGAGCUGAGCGACAUUAUACAACACUUUGAGACAGAGAGUGGUAGUGAUCUACCGACUGCUGUGAGGUACCUGACGUCUGACGUGGCCAUUGCUAGAACCAUACGCACAUGUCUCUCCCUCCAGAUACAGCCAGCAGAAUUUGACCCCUCACUAUUCCAGUGGCUCUACAGCUGUGUCCAGCAGAAGAAGAAGAGUGGAGAUCUCUAUAACUUUGUGGUCCAGUUCUCACUCGACAUUAUACUGGUCUACUUUUAUGCAGUCUAUGAAAACCAACCCGAGCUGAAGGCCAGUUCCGAGGCACUGCUGAUGGUGAUCAUUGCAGAGGCUGAGAAGGAUCCAUCUCCUCCUGUUCAGAUCCACCCCAUGUCAAAACAGUCUGUCUACCACGCUUCUCCCCAGAGUGUGGUGUCCCAGCAGGCAGUCCUGACAGAGGCCAUGCUCCAGAGACACAAUGAGACAGAGUACUCUGCCCUCAGACCUUCCUUCGCUGGGAAACCCAUCACCGUCAACAACAGACUGAGUUUGCUGUCCUCCGUGGUGGCAGUGCGUUCAGUGACAGACUAAUGCUGUGCCCUGCUGCUCCAAGAUUGCCUUCUGUAACGGAUGUGUCAGGUUGUCAAUGCAGGGAGCAGACAUCCUGUGUGGUCUGGAGGAGGUGGUGGGCCACUCUGUGUCUCCGGUCACAGUCAGAGAUCUGAGGCCCUGGGGGAGGGACGGAGGUAUAGUGUGAGUGACGAGCUCCUCUGCUUUCCUGCACGGAGUCGCAUGUGUCUGUUUCACUCUUGUCAUGAGGCGCACUGCAAGCACUCUACUGUCUCAGGCUAGUAGAGCAGAGUAUGAGCUGCUCCCUGGAUCAAUGCAGGUGUCUGCGUGCACUGAUACGGACGUCUCAGAACAGAAUGUCAAGCCAACUCUCUAGACCUGACAGGGACAAGUAUCUACUUAUACUAAAUGACAACGGGAAGCUACAGGAUCCAACGGAACUUCACACACUGCUACAGGGACACAUCUUGACGUGAAACAGAGAAGGGUCCUCCGGGGCCCCCAGGACUCUUUUGCUGCUCACUCUGCUGAUUCUGUCUGUCUGUGAUUUUUACGGACAGCGCAAUGAGCACAGGUCGUAGAGGCGAUGCUCGAGCUCGGAGGUAAUGGUGCGCUCCAAAUAGGUGUGUCUCUGGCUGUUGGGGGCGCGCAGGAGGGCAUAGCUCGCCAUUCAUGGGGACGUGUUGGCUGUUAAAGCCAUUGCACGUGGACUUCCUCAUACAGUGGGGGCAGGUUCCUGCUGCCGCCUACAUGAGACGGAGAAGUUUCGCCGCGACUGCUCGCGCGACGUCGUGAUUCCUGCUGCUGCAGUCGUGCUGCACGCCAGGAGGUCUCCCGCGGCAGGUGUACAGUCGGGAUGGUGGCUACGGGGCCACGAGGCUGGGCCUGUUUCUGCUGACUCGAGUGUUGCGGGACGGCAGUGACAGCAGGUUCAACCGAGUUCGCAACAACCUCGGACCUUCUUCCUCUACUGGACUGUGCAAGGUGUGUGGGGUGUGGCUGACGGCCCUCCCGACACUCAUCCUCAACUCCAAGACGGAGGGACAGGGAGAUUGGGACACGGGACUACAUUGGCUGGACCAUGUGGCUGGUGGGCAUGUUGAUGAGGCCGUCGCCGACUACCAGAAGUAUACGUUCCGUAGCAACCCAGCCAACAGGGACAGGUGGAUGACUGCGGGCUGUGGAGCAUUGUUCGCCACCCAAACUACCUCGGAGAGAUCCUGCUCUGGACGGGGCUGUUCAUCUCGGCCUCGUCACCUUCAGAGCGGGCCGACUAUCUGAGUUCUCUCUCCCACAGUAUUUGUGGCCCUCCUCCUGACCAAGAUCUCCGGGAUACCCAUCCUGGAGAGACAGAACUGAAGAGGUGGAGGAGCGAUCAGGGCUUCAUGGACUACAUGCAGAGAACCUCAAGACUCCUUCCUUACGUUACUAGGACUCUAACACUGUGUGACGUUGUGACCAAAUUGUUGAGAUGAAUGCUAGAUGCGC